AUGGAGAUUUCGGAUAAUCAUGAACAAUCACGUUACAAUUGCCCCAAACACGCUGUAGAAGUGCUGUAUAUUUGCAAACCAUGUCGUCAGCCCAUUUGUCUGCACUGCCAUGUUAAUGACCACAACACGCACGAAUUAAUGCUAGCAUGUCUUGAAGCUAGCAAAAACAAAAGGUUUUUAGAAAAAUAUGCUCAAUUAGCAGAAACGGAAAUAAAGAACGUUGAUGAGAAUAUUGAAAGAUUGAUACCCUAUACAGAAAAUGCGAAUAGUGUAUUUGAAGAGAUACAAGCAUAUUAUUCUCGAGAAAUGGAAAAAUUUGAGAAUGAAGAAAUUCUUAAAAGCUUAACAUCAUUCCGCAAUGAUAGAACCAAACUUAAAAAUAUAUAUAUAGAUUGUAAAAUUAAAAGACGUAACGUGAAUUUUCUGGUAGAGAAUGAAACUAGGGAAUUGGAUAUACAGUUGACAGGGAAAUUUGAGCGGAAUAUUUAUCACGUUAAUUACCAGAAUAUGGAAUCAAACCUGGCGUCUUUUCGAAAAAUUCUUCGAAAUUCCAUUAUAAUCACAGGUUUAAAAGAUGAUUUUGCAUCAUUGGUCGACGAGAUCUCCUGCGGCUCUCUGGUGACGUGUUUCGCCAUCUCCGAUUACAAGCUUUAUAUUUGCACCGGGAACAAACUUUUGAUUAUAAAUGUUAUCAAACGCGAUGAAGAUUUCGUAGAAAAAACUUACGAAGGACUGGAAAAUCUGCCAGACAUUUUAGUUUAUGGGAAUAAAUUUUACUUUUACCUCUCUAAAAACACUACAGAUGUGUUGACACCGAAAUACCCGGAAUUUAAAAAAGUUAAAAAUAUUUCUUGUUUUUCCCUGAGCGGUGAUACCAUAAUUGCAGCUCGUCAAACUAAUGUUUUAGAUGUAGAGAUUGAAAGUUGGAAAUUAAUUUGUAUUCAAAAUUCAACUAAAUCAAACAAAGUUGAAUUUACAACAAACGAUUAUGAGGACAGUGAAUUUACACCAAACGAUGAUGAGUACAUUUUGAGUGUUGUCAAACUUCGGAAUAAAAAUUACGUGAUUGCUACUCAAAAUGGCUUGGAAAUAUUUAGCAGAUCAUGGGAUAGAUGUAUCACAUGGGAUAGUAUUAAAAAUUUAAAUGGACAUGAGCCGCUAACCUCACAGCAUAAUCAUUCAGCAACAAUGUGUGAAUACGAAACAAAUAUGACAGCAACAGCCUAUUUGUCACUAGAUUCAUAUGACAACAUCUAUCUGAUUAGCAAUCAUAUUGUAGAAAAUAUUUUCGUACUGGACAAUAAAUUUAACUUUUUAGCUUAUAUAAAAACUAAAUUUGUUCCAAAAAAAAUACAAAUAACAAAAGAUAACACGCUCUACGUCAGCUACCUCAAUGAGCCUCACAUUUCCAUCUAUAAGCUCAACAUCUUUGAAAGGUCCGACAACACGAAAUCAGAUGUUCAAGCAGACCAAACUGAACAAAAAGAAAAAGAAACAGUUCAAGAUUGA